UUGCUGAUCAGCAAACAUCAGCUAGCUUCUGGCAGUCCGAUAUUUCCACUCCAGAUGAUCACUUCACAUCGUCACAAGGAAUAUUUCAAAUACAUCCCGAGUUGAGAAGGGGCCCAUUAGCUAAGAAAAAUAGCCUUGGAGGUAACACAGGUUUCAAGCAUUUAGACUACAGAACUUCUUCCACCGCCGAGUUGAGAAAAAAUCCUUCUUUAUCUUCUCCUGAUGAAUGCGCAAGAGCGUGUAGGGAAGGAGAGCCGCCCAGAAUAUGUUAUUAUCAUUUUACGUUGGAGUUGUAUACAGUUUUAGGAGCUGCCUGUCAAGUGUGUACACCGAAUGCAACAAACACAGUAUGGUCAAGUUGCCAAUGUGUUCUAGCUGAUGGAGUGGAACGAGGCAUUCUUGCAACUAACCGUAUGGUACCAGGACCUAGUAUUCAAGUAUGUGAAGGAGACAAAGUGGUGAUCGAUGUUGAAAAUCAUAUGCCCGGACAGGAAGUUACAAUUCACUGGCACGGAGUGUGGCAGAAAGGCACUCAGUAUUACGAUGGUGUACCAUUUGUCACUCAAUGUCCCAUACAAGAGGGUAAUACUUUCAGAUAUCAAUGGGAAGCAGGAAAUGCAGGAACUCACUUUUGGCAUGCUCACACUGGUCUUCAGAAAAUGGAUGGUAUCUAUGGUAGCAUUGUCGUUCGCCAACCUCCUUCAAAAGAUCCAAACAGCAAUCUCUAUGACUUUGAUCUCACCACCCAUGUCUUACUUCUGAGUGAUUGGAUGCACGAAACUGCUAUUGAAAGAUACCCUGGGCGAUUAGCGGUGAAUACCGGUCAAGAUCCAGAGAGUUUACUUAUAAACGGUAAAGGUCAGUUCAGAGACCCCAACACUGGUUUCAUGACCAACACACCUUUGGAAGUUUUCACAAUUACCCCGGGUAAAAGAUAUAGAUUCAGGAUGAUUAAUUCAUUCGCUUCGGUAUGUCCGGCUCAAUUAACAUUCCAAGGUCAUGAUUUGACUCUUAUCGCAACAGAUGGAGAACCUGUACAUCCUGUCAAAGUCAACACCGUCAUUUCAUUCUCCGGAGAAAGAUACGAUUUCAUUAUAAAUGCAAAUCAACCCGUUGGAGCUUACUGGAUUCAACUGAGAGGUUUAGGAGAAUGUGGUGUGAGAAGAGUUCAACAGUUGGCCAUCCUGCGUUAUGCCAGAGGUCCAUAUCAACCUUCGACCGCCCCACCCACAUAUGACUAUGGUAUACCACAAGGAGUGGUUCUUAACCCAUUGGAUGCAAGAUGUAACGAAAUCAGACCAGACGCUAUUUGCGUGAGUCAGUUGAAAAAUGCACAAGAAAUAGACAGAGGAAUUUUAGCUGAGAGGCCAGAUGUUAAAAUUUUCCUACCGUUCAGAUUCCAUGUUUAUACUCCAGAGGAUCUAUUUGCCCCCAACACUUAUAACAGACAUUUAGUUGCGCCGAAUGGAGACCAUGUAAUAAGUCUGAUAGAUGAAAUUUCAUACAUGUCGGCUCCAACCCCACUAAUUUCUCAGUACGAUGAUAUCAACCCCGAACAAUUCUGCAACGGAGAUAACAGACCAGCUGAUUGUGGACAAAACUGCAUGUGCACUCACAAAGUUGAUAUACCACUCAAUGCGAUUGUUGAAGUUGUAUUAGUUGAUGAAGUUCAACAGCCAAAUCUGAGUCAUCCUUUCCAUCUUCACGGAUAUUCAUUCAAUGUAAUAGGUAUUGGUAGGUCACCGGACAGAAACGUCAAAAAAAUCAAUCUCAAACACGCUCUCGAUCUUGACAGACAAGGUCUUCUUCACAGACAGUUCAACUUGCCUCCUGGUAAAGACACCAUAGCUGUGCCAAAUAAUGGAUACGUGGUACUGCGGUUCAGAGCAGAUAACCCAGGUUUUUGGCUGUUCCAUUGCCACUUUUUGUUCCAUAUAGUCAUAGGAAUGAAUCUAGUCUUCCAAGUCGGCAGUCACUCUGAUCUGCCGCCAGUUCCACCAGGUUUUCCAACUUGUGGAGACCAUUUGCCUGAUAUAACGAUAUAGGUUCACACAAGUAUCAGUGUAUCAAAUACAUUCUGAAUAAUGUAUAUUGUGCAAGAGUAUUACUGUUGAGAUGCAUAGAAACCCUGGAGCUAUAAUAGAAUCUCAAAGAACGCUCAAAAAUGUUACUUGUUAUAUUUUUUUAAAUCUAGAGCAUAAGGUGUCAUCGACUCAUCAGGCUGAUGGCUACACAUUCUAUUUUGUACCGGGUUUCUAUAUAUCGCCGUUUUAGUCUUUGAUCCGUCUCUUGGGGAAGUUUAAAUUAAGUUGGCAGCACGACUGAUCCAUUUAUAAUUUCCAAACAUAAUGAACGUUAUGCUUGGAAUUCAAUUUUUACUAGCUACAAGUCACAUACAAGUAUUCAAAUACUUUCACUAAAUUAUGUUCAAUGACGCAGUAGAAAUGAAUGGAAAUGUAUAUUUGUGUGUGUCAAAGAUACUAAAUGAAUACCUACUACCAAUUUUACUAAGUAGAAAUCGUUCGUGCUUUUCAAAAUUUUCGACCAUUUGAAUAAAGUAAGUUAGACUAUUUAUCAUUAAAAGCGCUGAAUGUACCUUUAUGAUGUUAGAUUACCAACUAAUUUGUGUAUUCCCUGAAGAGCGACCAAGACUACAGUUCCCUUGAUAAAGUUUUGUUGGGUUGCUACUACAUAAAAUGGAGUUUUCGAUCUUGCCAUUCAAAAAAUUGUUAGCUUCUUUGUUAGUUUUUUUUGUAAUUUAUAUUAUUUAUCGGUAAAUAAUGGUCUUUAUCUCGCCAUAAUUAUUUAAGGUAAGUAUAAGCUCCUACCUCCAUACUCCUCACUAACCAUUUUUCUGUUUUUCAUAACACCUACUUUGUUAUAUCUAGUUACCGAAACCUUGGUGCUAUUAAGGCCAAGAGGCUGUAUAUAAGUAUCUAUUUCAAUAUCAAAAAUUUGCUUUCAGUAUAUACUCUUACUUUUCUAAUCAGUAUUAGAAACUCUGUUGCUCAAAAGCUUCACAUAGUUGUUAUUCAGUUGAUUCAAAAUUUUCCAUUCAACACCAUAAACCUCUCAUUUAUAUAUUUAAUUUUACUCCAUAUCCUAUCCAAAAGAGUAUUUCUGUAUAGAUGUUAUCUAUUUUGUUUUUUGGAAGUUGACCAUAGUGUUGUUAUUUGAGAUUGACUAGUCUUCCACAGUCUUUUAUACUGAUAGUUUAUAAUUCUCAAGUUACUGUUUUUAAAACAUAGUGUAUAUUAUAUGAAAUAAAAAUGUGUAUAAUGUAUAUAAA